AUGGAGACCGGGGUAGUGCAAGCGAGCUCCCGGCUCGGCUGGGUCGCGCGGCUCUCGACGAUGGGCGGGCGGUCUUCGUCCACGAGAUCAGCUGGGUGGUCUGAUCAUUCCGCGGCAGUCGUGGCCAAUGACCACCAGCAGUACGCCAGAGGCAGCUUCGGAGGUCCACAUACAACUCGGACUUCGAGAACUUCCUCGCGGGCGGGCAGCGUAUCAACAGGGUAUCCCCUGUUCUCUUCGGUCGGCGCUUUCUUUGAUGCCGUGCUACUCAAAAUCCGCGGGAGCGGGAGGGCGGACGGGCAAACAAUCAAACUCUUCCAGAAGCGAAAAGGCAGCGCAGGUAAGGCAGUUUCAGGACUUUAUCUAACUGGCUCGCAUCGUUCAUGAAAAGCGAGAAUUCGCGCUAGCGAACUUGGUUCGUUCUACUUUGAUUUUGCUGCUGUUUCGAGCAUACGCUUUUUAUGAUGAUGCUUGAACUUAUCGUCAUCGCAUAUAUACUUCGGAUUCGCAGACUCGGUGCGCUCCUUCGGGGCAGGGGACUCCGGAACAUCAAGCGCAGACACCAGUAAGCAAAGUGACUCUUUCGACAUACCGCUGCCGCGUCUGCUGCGCGGAAACGGGCUUGACUGCGCGACGGUGAAAUUUCAGGCCUUUAGCUUUCGCCUGCCAGAGACGCCCGCACCGAGACGGCGGUCGAGCCUCGGUUCCAUUACCAACAGCGGAAAUCUCAAGGAACCGUUCGUCGCACCCGUGGGCGAGGCUUUCGAGCCGGUACUCGUACGCAGUGUUGUUGGGCACAAACAAUGACAAGAUUACAACAAUGUCAUAAAUUUCUCUUUCUUCUCUGAAGUGUGGCCCUUGGAUGUUUUUCUGUCUGCGUACGAAUUUUCAUAUUCAUUUUGUGCUUUCUGUUUGAGUAAAAACACGAACUCCUCGUCCCAGGCGCGUCGCGGUCUGCAACUGGACAAGCAGCGGAACCUGUUCCAGGUGUGUUCCACGAAGUCCGCUGUCUUUCGCCGCGGCGCUUUCGAAUUGUACGUUCUCGCCUUCGAGAACACCCGUUGGGUCGCGCUUACCGCCACAAAGCAAAACGAAGACACGGACCACUUUCUGAUCGAGGCCACCUGCAAGCUGUGGACACUGCGGCGCAAAACGCUCCUGGUUGAGGCGGUGAAGAGCAAGGCGCUGCUGCUGUGCGUGCAGCUUCUCGAGGACGACACCCGCUUGAUCAAGCCGGAUGAGGACGCUGGUGCAAACGGAGGAAAGAUAAAGUUGCCGUGGCCGGAGUCCCUGCCCGAAUGUCCCGUCUUGUUGCCCGCUGUCGGAACUAAGCUGAAUUCGCUGGGGUCCGUGGACGAGAAGCGCCGCGGGUCCUCCACGGGCCCCGGUCCCAUGGACUCGGUGCUUCAGCAGCGCCGGCGCAGCUCCACGGGUUUGGAUCGGUCCGCGCUGCGCCCGACAUUGCAACAAGCGGAGCAAAUGUUGCUCACAACUCGCUCGGGAAGCAAGGGAAGAAGGUAA